UCAGGAUCUGGGGUUUGACUAAACUAAGUGCUGUAGAGUGCCAAAACCGUCAAAAAUUUAGAUCCUAGUUGGUUCAAACUGUGUAUCCAAAAUGAAUGAGUACUUAUGACCUAUAUCUCUUUUGUCUCUUAUUUUGCACCUGUUAAAUAGGUAUAACUCCAUUUCUUCAUCCUCACCUCUGGACCUGAAAAGGUGCCUGAGAAAACAGCUUCAUUAAUAACCCUGAAGCAGUCACUCAGUGCUGAAGUGCCGAGCAUUAGAAGGAGUCCAUGAAGAAAUGGAAAAGCAGGAUGUUGGAGCAUGCUGACUGCAGGAUGAGAUGAAGAUCACGCUGCGCCCAGGCCCGAGUCCCUGCAGCCACUCUGUCUUGGGAGAACGAGACUUCCUUCAGCAUUGCCUGCUGUAAUUUACAAGGGACAAGUACAAGGUUGGUCCUGUCCUUCCCCUAAAAGCCUCUGGAACCAUCCUUUCUCCAUCAAGCUGCUGGUAUGGCAGUAGCCUAACAUUGGUGAGUUUUCCCAGUGCCACUGACAGUGAUUUCACAGCUCCUGUGAUUAAGAUCAAAGAAAAAGAAAUUAUUCCAGAGAGGAAGUCAGGGAAUGUUAUUCACAGUGUAAAUUUAGACGUCUAAGUCAUGCACAGAGAUUAGGAGACUGACUCCUGAAGCUCUCCCUCAUAGAGAGGGGGAGCCUGGGCAGAGGCAGCAGGAAAUCAGCUCCCCAUGCUGUGCCUGCAGCAGGUGCCCAGGUCAGUUUCCACAAAGCUGUGAGCAGAUGCUGGUGGAGCCAUACUGGUGGUUUCUGCUGCUCUGGGUUGGGGGAAGCACAUCUUUGACCAGAGAAAUGGCAGGGGGCUCUCUCUGCCUAUGAGGAGAAAACAUGGGUCCAGACCAGCCCAGAGAAGAAUUGUGAAGGUUCUGCCCAUCUUCCCACCAGGAGACACUUGUCUCUCUUACAGAUGUUCAUAAGUGGCAGGAAUUCAUUGACAUCAUAGCCAGUUCAAGAGAAAAGAGUGUGUUUCGACAAGGCAAGGAAAGAGAUGCUCUCUUAUUCCUGCUCAGAAAGACCAAGUGUCAGAUCCUCUCCCAUGCUGUUGCUCUCUCCUGAGAUAUCUUCAUCAGCUGUUCAUAAAAGCCCAGCUCUGGGCAAAUUAAGGUGCACUCAAAACCUCCCUCCUCCUCAAAGCACAGCCUUUGCCAUAGCCACAUUCUGGACAGUUUUGCACUGACUGGCCAGCUCCUGCCAGGACACUCAGCUUCCCUCUCUACCUCCUGCCAACAGCCCCACCACCUUCCCAACCUUCCCAGCUGCCUCCCAGACGCUGGCCCUGCUAGGUACAAAAGGAAUGAGUUCAGCUAAUCUGUCAAAUAAUGGAGCAAGGAUAUUUUUCUCUGAGGAAGGUGCUCCCUCCAUCCAGCAGCCUGCAGAGCAGGAGAGGCCAGGCAGUCUCUGAGAGCUGCUCACCAGCAGAGGAGUGUGGUUUCCUUGGGAGAGUGGGAAUCCAGCAGCGUGAUUCCAGGAAAGGAAGAGCCACACAGUGUUGCAGAGUUCAGAGGAAGUGUAGUGAUGCAGUGAGCUAAUGAAUCCUUCAAGGGUUGUGCUGAUAGCCAGUGCCUUGGGAGGCCUGAACUCAACACCUCUCACCUCACUGAUCCCUUUGGCUACUCCAUUUCUGGAGCCAGCUGCACCAGAAGAGCCCUGCGUGCUACAGGGGCACUGCACUUCCAGGAAAUUGGGUCCCUCAGUGUGGGUCAUGCCAAGCCUUGCAGCCGUGUUAAUAAGUGGUGGAUCCUACCAUGUCCAUACAGCACACCAGGAGGAAAAAUGCACUCAGUGCUGUGAAAUGUUCAGAUAAAAGGGCUAAGAGUAGAACACCAGUGGCACAGGAUGUUUCUAAAAAGGAAAAUGGGUCAAAUGGAGUAGUUUUGCUGUUGGAGCUGAAUCAGGAGAUUUCCCUGAGCCACCCAGCCUGCAGCAGUUCUUGGUUUUGGCCAUAUUUGCUCCUCUGUUGGCUCCAUGAGUGGCAAGGAUGGGAAGAAAAGCUGGCAGUGCCCAUGCAAGUCUGCACUGUCUUCCAAGAUCAUGCUUCUCUGCAAGAGUGUUUUCUGUGCUGCAAAAUAAAAAUUAUUUCCAAUACUCUUUCCCAAAUGAUGACUACAUCUCAAGUGCCCUUACCUACGUCCCGCUGCUGAGACUUGCUAGCUGUUCCUGCCUGAGGCAGGAGAAACUCAACCAAAAGACCCAUAGACAACAAAAAACAGUAAGUUGGGAACUGGGAAUUGCUGUUUUCCACAGGAGUGGGUUACUGUACAUGGAUUCAUGCCUGUUUCUAGGUCUGCUCCUUAUUGCACAUGCAAGAACUUAAUGCUGCACAUGCAGCUCUGAAGUCGUGUGCUUCUGUCUGUGGAUGGAGGGCCUGUUGGCAUGUGGCUCACCCUGCUGGAUCUGGUGACAUGAGCAGAUCAGAAAGCGAGUAGUCCCUGCUUUGGCACUUCCUACUCCUGCAUUGUCACCUCUAGAGCCACUAGCAUGGGGUACUCUGAGGGUACCCCUGAAGCACUGCUGUCCUAGGGGCUGAUUGCACAUCUUUAGUCUUCUGAGACUCGCACUAAGGGUAGAAGUAGUCCCAGGGAACACAGCCUGGGGGACAAAGAAAGGGAUCCAAAGCAGCUUCUCCUUGCUGCUGUCUGCAUGGGCUGAUCCAUAGAUUCUUACAUUUCCAGCACUUUGUCUGCCAGGGCUGCCAUUCCCUAUGGCCAGUGGGGACAUACUAAUGAAUGUUUUAAAGUGCUAAAUAGCUUUGCUUUACAGAAAAUACUAGUCCUAGCCAAACCAGUCCAAAUGUUCUAUGAUCCUGAGCCUUUCUUCUUAACUGGGGCUGGUGCUACAUGGUGCCCACACGAGCCACCUGCACGAGCAGUGUUGGUGUGGCAGCUCCCCGGGCCCCCGUCAGCGCUGCCGGGGGCGGCAGGAGGGGUGGGUGGCUUCUGGGGACAUUGGGCCUGCUUGGGAAUUUCCUCAGCUGUGCUGGGGCACUGGGGUUGCCUGGGGCUGGACUGGCCUCCUGCCUGCAUAGGGUUAGCACUGGGACACAGUAGCCCUGGAAUUUCUGGGGCUCCCAGUGUCACCUCCUCCGCACAGCCCUCCUUUGAGGGUCCAAGUUUCACAGCCAGAGCUGGGGCUUUUCUUCCUUUCCAUCUCUGCUGUUUGUCUCAGAGAAAACCCAUGGUGCUGUUUUUCAACUGCCUGAAGGUGUUUUUCGGGGGUUUUUCAGGCUAUUUUGAAGCUCGUUUUUCCCAGAUGUACUUUUUUUCUUCUUCUUUUUUUUUUUUUUUUCUUUAAUUGGUUUUAAAAAAUUUUUCUUCUUCUGUAACUUCUUUGCCCUAAAGUUUCCGGCCACGUGACUUUCAGCUUACAUCCCUGAGGUUCUGCAAAACCACAGGAGGCUGAGAGCUAAAGACCUAAAGGGAGGUACAGAGGCUGUGAGAGGAGAGGCAGCGAAAGUGUCGGAGUGCUGGGCAGGAGGAUAGAGAGCUUCUGGCACGGGGGAGAGUAGGAAGCCAAGGGCCACAUCAGAGGUGACACAGGAGGACAGAGAGGCGGAGAAGCAAGACAGAGAGCAGGCACACCAAGAGCACAAAGGAAGCUGAAGAGACCCUGGGAGCCAGAAGCAGCAGCUAUGCCCCACAGCUCUGACAGCAGUGAUUCCAGCAGCUUCAGCCAGUCUCCACCUCCCAGCAAGCAGGACUCUUCUGAUGACAUGAGGAAAGUCCAAAGGAGGGAGAAGAAUCGCAUUGCUGCCCAGAAGAGCCGCCUGAGGCAGACCCAGAAAGCAGACACACUGCACUUGGAGAGUGAAGACUUAGAGAGACAGAAUGCUGCCCUGCGCAGGGAGAUCAAGCAGCUGACAGAGGAAAUGAAGCACUUCACCUCGAUGCUGAGCUCCCAUGAACCGUUCUGCUCCAUCCUGACAUCCCCUCCACCGCCUCCAGAAGUGCUUUAUGCCACACACUCUUUUCACCAGCCCCACAUCAGCUCCCCACGCUUCCAGCACUGAGCCAGCCAGGAGGACAGCAGCCUGCCAGCUCCACUGAUGGCAAGAAGUAACUUUGUGGGGCUUGCUUUCCCAUCCAAGGGAAGGAAUUGGACAGACAGACCUUCCUUCUUAAAGUAUGUAUUCUGAGUGAUUUGCCUAAGACUUGCUCCAUGUGCAGAAAUGACAGAGCCACCACGAGGCAUCUUUGGACAGUUUCCAGCUUGGAUUCUGGGAGGAAGAGGCAGUCACAAAAGGGCACCAUCCCCCUUCUCUGGUCCUUGUCUGGGGAGACUCACAGGAGUGUGCAGCUCUGGCAGCCUCCAUAAGAGCAGCUGGCUGUGGCACACAACAGCCAGACCUCCAGGAAGAGGAAAGGCAGCAGGGGUGGAGGGGAAGGUUGCGGGCCACAGAAUGUCAGGGCAAAACUGGUUUAUUUUUGUAAAAUAAAGAUUGAAAAUGCUUAA